GACCGUUUUCUUCAUUCUCGAAUUUGACGCGCGAUCUUCGUUACGAGAAACGAUCUAUUUCGCUAAUUAAAAAGUAUUUUUUGACUCACUUUAUUGUAAUAUUUUAAAGUUUUUUUUUGUAAAACUGUAUAUCAAUACAGUUAGAAUUAUUUAAUAUAUUUUAAUUAUAAAAAAAUAUAUGUGAAAUACUGUGAUAUUACUGUGAUAAGUGCAAUUGUGACACAAAUUAGUAAAAGUGCAAUAUAUACUGUGCAUUCGUUUAGUUUUUAUUAUUGGUCAUUAAAAACCGGUAACGGAAUAAUCAUAACAAAUCGACCAGUUUGCUAUAUUCUGCGCUUAUACGACGAAACCUGUUGAAAAGUACGAUGUGCCAUUGAGACUCGCUAACGGAACCGGAAGCAAGCGCCAUGCUUGCCGUACUGCCGCGCUGGAUAGCGCGGCUCCAAGAUGGAGGUCUCCUGAAUCAGCUGCUUAUGGCUGUCAUGGUGACCAUCCCAGUCCUCAAUUUCGGCAUGCUAAUGGGCUGGCAGUCGCCCAUGACGCCGCUUCUCCAGUCACCUGACGGUCCGGCGCCGGAACCGAUAUCGGACGACACCAUAUCAUGGAUGGCAUCCGUCACAUUCCUACCGCCAGUGUUUUGUGGGUGCCUGGUGGGGGAUCUGGCCGAUAGAUGGGGGAGGAAGGUUACUACUAUGAUGACGUCACUCAUGCUUGUGAUCAGCUGGGCCAUAACUAUGUUCUCUCUAGCCCCAUGGGCGCUUAUAACGUCGCGCGCCGUCGCCGGCCUGGCUUGCGCUGGAUGCUAUGUGGUCACCCCGCUGUACCUGAAAGAGAUCGCAUCAGACAAUGUCCGCGGCGCUCUGGGAUCCCUCUUCAUCCUGUCCCAAAACCUGGGCUACCUGGUGGUCUACGUGGCCGGGGACGUCCUAUCCUUCGGCAGCGUGCUGUGGCUGUGCACGGCGGUGCCGGUGCUGCAUCUGGUGGCGUUCCUGGCGAUGCCCGAGACUCCUGUGUUCCUGGUGAAACAGGGGAAGAUUCAGGAGGCACGUGAGGCUCUAGCGUGGCUGCGUAACACCAGCACAGACAACAAGGACCUGGAAGAAGUCAUCCAACAGCUGGACAGAGAGGAGCAGGUGGCCAGGUCCAUGCAGAAAGCCACCUGGAUGAGCAUAGUGCGCGACAAAACGACCUUCAAAGCAUUCCGGAUAUCUCUCAACGUGAUGCUGUCCCAAGAGACCUGCGGUUACCUGGUGGUCCUCAUGUACGCUGGCUCCAUCUUCGAGCAGGCCUCGGAGUCCAUCAGCUUGAAGCUCAGCCCUAACAAGCAGACCAUUGUAGUGGGGGGUAUUCAGCUGCUUGGGUCUAUAGUGGCCAGCUGUAUUGUUGAGAAGACAGGACGAAAGUGGCUCCUAGCCGGAACCUCGUUCGCAACUGGCGUCUCCAUGCUGGCCCUGGGCGCCUGGUUCUACAUCACAAGCGUCGGUUUCUGGUUGCCGGGCUGGUUGCCCGUACUAGCCAUGUGUCUGUGCAUCUUUGCUGAUGCAGCAGGAUACCAGCCUGUGCCUUAUGUCAUCACUUCGGAGCUGUUCUCGUUCCAACACCGAGGCAUGGUAACCUCCUUCGUAAGCAGCGUCGACGCCCUCAGCGACUUUCUUCAAACGAAAGCCUACGAUCCCCUCCUCAAACUCCUCGGCAUCCACUGGGUGUUCGUCAUGUUCUCAAUAGUCUGCUUCCUCGGCACACUGUACACAGUAUUAUGGGUCCCUGAGACUAAGGACCGCAGCGUAGAGGAGAUCUACGCCAUUUUAGAGGAUUCUAGAAAGAAGGAGAAGAGGAAAGAUGUGGAGACGGGGAAGGAGGUGUGCCGGUUAUGAUUUUUUGAGUAGGUUGUUGUUGUGUGGUUUUCUGAGGUUGUAAAUUUCAAUUCUUUGGCUGACCCCUCACUAUUAUGUCUUGUAAAUCUAUGGACUACUACCAACAGACACUGUGAUCUGUGCGAUUAUUAGAUGGAGCAUUUAGACUUGAGGUCACCACACUUUGGCGCACACUAAUUAAGCAAGCGCGCACUCACUCAUUUAAUAUUAGUUGCGUCAAUCGAAUACAUAAUAUAAAUUAAAUAUAUUGCUAAUAUACAAAAACAACAUAAUAAAACAGUAGGCUUUUUGUAUAAUGUACCUACCUAGGUAUAUACCAUAAUACCUAUCUGAGUAUUGCGUUUCGUAUAAUACUAUAGAUUUUACAAGCAAAAAUAGCGCUUAUGUGUUUACGAUCUUUUUAACCCUUAAAGGAUGACUCAGUCUAGACUGGGCCGGAUCUGGGCGGAAGCUUCCGCGCUUCGUUUUCUAUGGAAAGCACCACGUGAUCACCGAUCAGCCGUCAUAGAAAAUGACAUGUCGGACGCCUCGGUCCAUACGUACUACAGGCUGUUUGGUACAUCGUUUGCCAAAUUAAAACGGCAGAUAGGUUGAGUCAUUUGCUAUCUUCUCAGGCCUAGAAAUUUUUAAUUUUGGGCA